CAUGGUUCCUGCGUACAUAUCCAAAUAUCAAACUAUUUAUAUUUAAGCCUUUGCAUAAUUCUCCACAAGACUUCAGUGUUGUUUACUUACUUCUACAUACGUAGUUAGCUAUUUAUCUGCUAAGUACUAACCCGAAUAAUGUUUGGCAGACUCCUGCGCCCUGCCAGGUCGGUACCGAUCGUCCUUAGAAAUGUCGAGCGCUCUUACUCAGUCGCCAGCAGUCUGCGCACCUUCGCACGCGCCAGCGCCAACCGCCCCGAAUUGACAAAGCAAACGCCAGGCGUAUUCGUACGCUUCAGCUCCAGCUCUAGUUCGUCUAAGGGUGCUGAGUCUGUGGUGACCGGCGAGCCUGUGUCCGGCUUCAACAAGGAGGAUGAGGAGGAUGGACCGGCUACUGCGGAGGAUGUGGCCAGGAUCAUGCGUGACUUGGGUGAGACGCCUGUAGAUGUGACUAAGGAUCGGGCGGCUCAGAUGGAGGCUAUGGAUGACCCGGAGUUCAAGCUUGAGGAUGCCGAAGAGAUGAUCAAGGAGGAGUUGAUUGAAGAGACCGAGACCGCCACAGGGCCUGCCGAGAAGCGUGAUUUCCAGGCGGAAACUCGCAAGCUGUUGGAUAUAGUGGCUCACUCGCUGUACUCGGACCGUAAAGUGUUUAUCCGUGAGAUUGUGUCGAAUGCCAGCGAUGCGUUGGAGAAGCUACGGUACAAGCAGCUGACCAACAACGACCAGAUCAGUGACUCGGACCUGCCGUUGGAAAUCAAGAUCUCGGUGGAUAAGGAGAAGGGUUUGUUUAUAAUCCAGGAUACUGGAAUUGGAAUGACUGAGGCUGAAUUGGUCGAGAAUCUGGGCACAAUCGCGCACUCCGGUUCCAAACAAUUCCUGAACGAGCUCACUGACGACAAGGGUGUGUCCAAGGACGGCAUCAUCGGACAGUUCGGAGUGGGUUUCUACUCCACCUUCAUGGUAGGUAACAAAGUUCGCGUGUACACCCGCAGUUCACAACCCGGGCACAAGGGCUAUCGUUGGGAGAGUGAUGGCAGCGGUUCAUACGACAUCUCCGAGGCCGAGGGCGUGCAGCGCGGUACCAAGAUCAUUAUUGAGCUUAAAGACGACUCCAAGGAGUUCUCCGAGCUUGGCAAGGUCCGCACUAUUGUUUCAGACAUGAGCAACUUCGUUUCGUACCCCGUGAGUAUCAAUGGGGACCUGGUGAAUACGGUCAAGGCCAUUUGGACUAUGCCCAAGAACGAAGUCACUGAAGAGAUGCACGCCGGUUUCUACCGAUUCAUCUCUGGAGACUACCAGGACUACACAUACAUGUAUCAGUUCAACACCGAUGUGCCUAUCGAGAUCAAGUCAUUGUUCUACAUCCCCAGUUACCACAGCGAGAAGCUGGGCAUGGGACAGACCGAGCCAGGAGUAUCCCUGUACUGCCGCAAGGUGCUCAUUCAAAACAACGUGAAGAAGAUCCUGCCAGAGUGGAUGCGAUUUGUCAAGGGUGUAGUGGACAGCGCGGAUAUCCCUCUCAAUCUCAGUCGUGAGCUGUUGCAGGACUCUACGCUCAUCGCCCGUAUGCGUGACUUGUUCGGUGACAAGAUCGUCCGAGAAAUUGCAAAGCAGGCCAAGAAGGACCCCGCCAAGUACAGCAAGUGGUACAAAGACUUUGGCAGUUUCGUUCGUGAAGGUAUUGUGACCGAGCCCGGAAACCGCGAGCGCAUCGCAACUCUCGUGAGAUACGAGUCCAGCAAGAAGAACGCCGGUGAGCUGGUCGGCAUGCAGGACUACGUAGAUCGAGCCUUGCCCGAUCAAGACAUGAUCUACUUCAUCACCGCUCCCUCGCGUGCUGUUGCCGAUGAAUCACCUUAUAUGGAGGCCUUCCGCGAGAAGGACAUCGAAGUUCUGUACAUGUACGAGGAGUUGGAUGAGAUCGUCAUGCAGCACCUGGGAGAGUUCGGCAAGAAACGUGUUGUCCACAUCUCCAGUUCGGAAGCCAACCUGCACAAGGACACCCCGGAGUCGACCGAUGAGAAACACUUGGACCUUGCUAAGUGGAUGGCCGAGUCUCUGGGCAAGGAUGUCGUCAAGGAUGUGAAGAUCAGCACCCGCCUCACAAAGGCGCCUGUAGGUAUAGUCGACCCCACAAGCGUGGGUAUGCGUCGCAUGCUGCAGAUGAUCGACUCGGACCGUGCUUCCAAGAUCCCCCCUCAAACCCUGGAGAUCAACCCUUCGCAUCCCAUCCUCACCAAGCUGAACUCCGUACGCGCCGACCAGCCCGACGUGGCGCAGCGCGUGACCCGUCAGCUGCUGGAGAACGCGCUGAUUUCCGCGGGGCUGUGUGAAGACCCGCGCACGAUGCUGGAGCGUAUCAACCUGUUGCUGGAAGAUGCCCUGACCAGGGGUGACAAAUGAGCUGGUUAGGAGGUUAGAGGGUUUGCUAGGGCGGACGAGGGAGAUAGUGAGAGGCUUGUUGCUAGGUGCUAGCGUAGGUUUGCUUGGCGUCUGCGCGCGUAUAAGAGCUUGAGAACGGUCUAUAGUCACUGUACAUGUACAGCAUAUACUAGCAGCAUGCACUAUGCUAUGUCAAGGAUUGGGAUAGCAAUGAUGGUUCGGUAGGCGGUAUAUCCGUGCGGGUUCGUGAGACCUAAACGGCAGAAUCGAAGUAUAUUCUGCUGCGAUGCGGAGAGUUUCUAUCGGUCUAAGGUGGGAUAACUCGUCAAGAGCAUAUUAAAUAAAGUGUAUAUAAAGUAACCUGUGAAGUACAUAGUGUGCAGACAAAUGGACUGAGCUAUUAGUAUGUGGAUUUGGCGUAUCCCACGUGCAAGUACAAAUUAUUAAAUAGGAAUACACAUACCUACACGUAUCAACCAAGGAAUAUGAGAAG